CUCUCUCUCUCUCUCUGCUAGUAAUAAAUAAACUGAUCAGUUUCCAACCCUUGGCCUUCAGUACUACAUAGAGCCCCAUAUUUGAGGCAUUCCAAGAGGCAAUUUCCUAUGGCAUGGGAUGCUUCCUUUUGAGGAAUCAAAUCAUCGAUCUGUGAUCCCAAGUUCACAUGUCAAGGCUUGUUUGGAGCAUGAGUGCUAUGGGGGGCCAGGAUAGGACUAGGAUAAGAUGUCACACAUUCCCCCAUCUAUUCCUUGUUUAAAAAACCCUGCAGGUGAUUCAACCAGCACUGCAAAUUAACUUCUUUUGCCUCCAUCUUGAGCGGUAGAUGAGUAAUCCAAACAAAAAAAAAGAGCAUUGCACAGAUCUCUCUCCAUUGUUCAUUUCUUGGAUGGAGAGGCAAAUGCGAACAAAGAGACGCGUUUAUUCCCUUGAACCAAAUGAAAAAGUACGCGCCGUGUUUCCAAGAAGAUAUGUGGAUCACUUAGUGCCAGCUUUAUUGAAGAUCAACCAAAAGAUUCUAUCAGAUGAAAAUGAUAAUCAACCAAAGGAACGUUUGGAGAAACUUGUUCGACAUGAAGUGGACAUGGCAAUGGUACUGUCUGCUGACGAGUUUGCAUGGAGUCGUGCCUUGAAACUAAAGCUUCAAACAAAUGAUGAUCAUCACAAUGCAGGUGGAUUCACUAACUCUUCCAGCCUUCAUCAUCUAACAUCUUCCAACAGUCAUUACACUCGUAGGCAAAAUAAUGGUAAGAUUUCACCACCGCCCCCUGUUUCAAAUGCGUUGAUCCCAAUGAGAUUUUCUCAAAACCCUAAUUAUAGUAAGCCAGAACUUAAGAAGCUGAACACUAGGAGUACGAGGAGAUCAUCAGUAAUAUUGAGAAAAGAAGAUGAAAGUGAAGAGCAGAAGAUCAGUAGCAGCCAGUUGAAGAAUCUAAGAAAUCUUUUACCAGGCGGAAAUGAGAUGGAUGCUGAUGAUGAGCUGCUCAGAGAAGUGGGAAGUUAUAUAACCUGUCUUGAGUUGCAGGUGAAUGCUCUUAGGUUUCUAGUGGAAAAUACAAGCUAGUUUUGCUUCUUUUGCAAGCCAGUUUAUUAUUCUCUAAACUCGGUUCUAUGUAAUCCACGUGGAAAGGUUUAUGGCACUCAUGAAUAUAUCAUUUUAGUU